GUUGGUAUUUUAUCAGUCUGAUCGUAUCAGCUGCCACCAGCCAAAGAAUAUCUUUGCAUCAGUCCAUCACUUUCGGCAUAAUCAAAACUAAUGGAAGAAAAGCUCAAUAUUUUGACGAGAUAAAACGUUUAUUGUGCGUCUUUGUGUUUUAUCGAAAAGUUGCUUUUAACUAGAAAUCAAAAUGAAUGAACUUGUGUGGGGAAUUAAGAACGGUGACCUCGAUCAGGUCCGGGAUAUUGUAGAGAAUAAGGAUAUGGAUGUCAAUAAACUAAUCAAUGGAAGGACGUUACUACAUUAUGCUGCAGAUUAUGGCCAGAGUGAUGUCCUUAGGUACCUUUUAGAAAAAGGUGCCGAUGCAAAUGUGAGAGACAAGCAUGGAAUCACAACUCUUUUGGCAGCAAUAUGGGAAGGCCACACGAGUUGUGUGAAGCUUCUGUUGGAAAAAGGAGCGAGACCCAACGGAGUGACACCUGAUGGCACAAGUUACUUGGACGCGGCCGAAAAAGUCGAAAUUAAGGAGCUCCUUGAGUUUUACAAAACUAAAACUCUUUAAAAGUUACGAUUCUGUUGUUUAAAUAGGUACUUUAAUGUUCCUUAUAGGAUGCCGUAGCUUCGUUAUAAAUUCAGUGCAUUCUAUCAGACUUCUAUAUAUUUAUGUAACUUACAUAAGGGUACGAAGCUAUAAAGUAGGUUUAUAUCAGUAAUGAUAACAAUACAAGAAAAUAUUCACGCUUCGAGUAACGCGACCUAAAAAAUGUCCGCCUAGAAUCGCAAAUUUUCUCGCGAUACCUAUCGAUAAGUUCAACAUGUUUUUAGUUCUUUUACAACUAGAAUCUAAUGUUUUCCGACUCAUUUUUUAGAAAAAAAAGACACUCCUCGAUGUGUAAUUUACAUCCAAGAUGUCUAAGUUUUUGUUUUAUUAAUAUAUUUAGUACAAAAAA